GUGCGCUAAGCGCGCCGAGAUUGUGUAGCGCGGUGUACGCGUUUGUCAUGUGUGCUUAUUAUAAUCCCGGAUAUCAUUCAAGCUACCCAGAAACUCCUUAUUACCCUAAUUUCCAGCCCAACAAUCAGGAAUAUAUUCCUGCUGCUCCACGAACAAAUGGUAAUACAGCUGUGUCUUUCGUCCAAAAUCAAUUUAUUCCUGACUUGGCUGUCCGUUAUGGGUCAGCUAUGUUUGAUGAAGGUGCAAACUUCGUUCAAAAGAAUGUUGACCAAUACGUUAAUCGAUUUCGCGUGAAAUACUACUUUUCUGUGAAUAAUUCAUACGUUGCCAAAAAAAUUGGACUGAUAUUGUUUCCGUUUGCUCACACAAGAUGGGGUGUGAAUUAUGACUCUGCAGGACCUGUGCCUCCAGGUGAUGAUAUAAAUGCUCCUGAUUUGUAUAUUCCUUUAAUGGCUUCAAUUACAUACAUACUUUUGAGUGGUGUUAUAUUUGGUUUCCAAGGUCGCUUUUCACCAGAAUAUCUUGGGAUUUUAUCAAGUGAAGCUUUUGGCUGGUUGUUACUUGAAGUUUUAUUAUCCCUUUUUGCAAUCUAUAUCCUUAAUAUCCAGAACAAUAUUUCUUAUUUAGAUAUAGUUGCCUAUUGUGGUUAUAAAUUUGUCAGCAUGAUAGUCGUGUUAGUUAGUUAUAUUGGUUUGGACCGACCAGGCUACUAUUUCAGUUUACUGUAUGCUAGUUUAGCAUUGGCAUUUUUCCUCAUAAGAAGUCUUAAACUGAAAAUUCUUCCACAUGUUGAAGCAUAUCCAUCCGAAAGUAAUAAACGUCGAUUAUAUUUACUACUUCUGAUUGCAUUAAUUCAACCAUUCAUGAUGUGGUGGCUGACACGUCGUGUUAUCUUGUAAAAGGAGACAUGAAAAAAAAAUAAACUGCGCUGCUUCCAUAACAUAACUACACACUUGAUAAAAAAUCUGUGUAUAAAUAUAAAGUUUCUGUAUUUAUUGUUUAAAUCAUAUUCUCUCACUCUUGUUAUUUUAAUAUUUUAAAUAUUUAUAGUUGUUGUUUAUUCAAGGUGAGAAAUUUCUUUUCUUUUUUUUCCAACUAACCAAUUAUCAUUACUCUUAGAAAACUAAUGAAAAAAAAAUAUUGUAAAAGAUUAAUUAUUAUUAUUAUUAUUAUUUCUAUUUGAGAUAAUUUUAAUGAUGCAAUUUUGCAUGUCAGCAUUUUUUGUUGUUGUUGGUAAUGCUGCGGUUUUGUGUGUACACAUCUGGGUGUUGGUUCAUUCAAUAAUGUAAGAGAAUGAGUUCUUGUGUGUAUGUAAUAUAUACUAUGUUUUCCGGAUUCAAUAAUUUGCUGCCCAUAUUGUUUAUUUCUGCUGCAUACAUCAUUAUAAAUAAUAAGGAAAAAUAUAGAUUAGUGGUGUUUUUUUUUUCAAUCAACUUUCUUUUAAGAAAAUAGUUGAAUAAACAUUUUCCUUGAAUU